UCAAAGUUGUCGACGACAAUAAUUGUCGAAAUAAAAUUUCGUCACAACAUUUCAGUACGGUAUUUACAUUCGAAACGUUCCAAUCAAUAAUGGCGUCAAAACAAGGCCGGGCACAUUUGACAAUUGCUGAAAAAUACGAAAUCCUUAUGUUGAGAGGAGGUAGUGAAUCUCGACAAGCCAUAUCUGAUAGGUUCGGUAUUUCACGAUCCACCUUGUACCGCAUAUAUGCAGAAAGCAAACAGAUUAAAAAACAAUUCGAAGCCAACAAGGGUUUUAGCCAAGUCGCAAAACGUUUAGUAGAUCGUAUAGAUAUGGAUAUAGAUAGAAUUGUUUUCCACUGGUACUUACGAUGUAAGGAAAGAAACGUACAAGUGACAGAAGCAGACAUAAAGGCAAAAGCUCUGGAAAUUAAUAGAGAAUUAAGCGGAUUUGCUAGUUUUCGAGCCGGUACCUCUUGGUUGCUAGACUUUAAAGAACGUUACAGUAUUACUGAUGUGGAUAUCAGGAAAGAUGUGCCAAACGAAACUGAAAUCGCUUCAUUUGAAGCCUUUACAGUUGAUUUUAACAAAACACUGCAAGAAGAUGGGAUCGCAUUGAAGAACGUUUACAAUGUCGUUUACACAACAAUAAUGUGGAAAGCAGUACCAGAAUCAACUUGCAUUUUGGACCAUGCGAAAUCGACAGGAAACCUAAAAAUAUGCGAAGAAUAUGUUACUGCAAUUUUUUGUGCAAAUGCUACCGGAUGUCACAAGUUGCCGGUAGUACUAAUCGGUAGCGAACCAGAUAUUGAUAUUUUAGUCAAUUACAAAACGAAAGCCUUCUCAACUCUCUACAAAUCAAGCACCAAUGCUUGCAUGAACAGAACCAUUUUCAAAGAAUGGUACAAAGAACAUUUCUUAGAAUCAGUUAAAAGACGGCAAAGUGAGAACGGGUGCAGGGAGAAAUCUUUGUUGUUACUAGAUAAUAAUAUGUCACUUCACGAUCUCGAUGAUCUUAAUCAUAUGGAUGAAUUCGUUACAGUUAAGGCUCCUCCAGUUAACGUAUCACCACGCAGACAACCCAUGAAUUGUGGAAUAAUCACAUGUUUCAGGCGAGAGUACCGAAAAGAAUUUUUGUUUGCAAUAACGCCACUAUCUGCGAAUAUUACGAAGCGAGAUGUGAUAGAACACCAUAGAAACUUACGCAUGUGGGAUUGCUGCCGCAUUGUACAUGAUGCUUGGUCACGUAUCGACGAUACAAUACUGAUAAACUCGUGGGACAGCAUUUUGUGGCCUGAAAACGUACGGACCGUGGAACAGGCAGAAAAAUGGGAUGCUUACAUACGUAAAGCAAUUAAAUUGCUGCAUAAAUUACCUGGAUGCAAACAGUGCCACGAAAUCGAAGUGUUUGACUGGUUUCAUAUUGAAGAGAAACAUGAUAUAAUCAAGAAGAUAUGUACCGAAGAAGUUCUUCGAGAAUUUAAAAACAAUACUCUGGGUCCAGCGAACAUAGGUAUUAGCGACGAAGCCGGACCUUCUCACGCGUAGUUCUCAAGAAAGAGCUAACACGGUUUGAAACACAAAAUGAAAGUAACUCGGUGGAAUUGCUUCUAUUAAAACAUGUGUAUUAAAAUGUAUAUUAAGAAAUAUAAUAUGAUUUAACGAUAAGAAGUUGUGGAACCCGUAUGGUUUUAUGUAGCGUUCAAUUGUUUGCUUGUACCAUUUGGUUUGAAGUACAGAAAAAGCUGUUGUUCUAUAAUUCAAACACAUUUAUCCUUAUUAGUUCCGGUAAUCAAGAUUCUGCUAUAUAUGGAAGACAAGGAAAGACGUGCAAUGGUAAUCUUGUAUUUACGUUCUCUUUGAACUUUAAACUUUGAAUUUGGCAAAUUAGAGUUAAAGUAACUGUUAAAUUAAAUGUUUAUUGGGAAUAUAGAGAUGGAUCGGCGAAUGUAUUAAACAAAUAUAUUGUCGCACAAAUAAAUGAUGAUGACCUUAAAAUCAUAUUUAAAAAAGGUCUUCUAGGAAAAACAUUAUCUACGAAAUAGCAUAACCUUUCCCUACGUAGUUCUUUUCAUAGUAUUAAUAACAUUGUUAUUUAGGUGUCCCGAUUUAUGUAUCCCAUUCUGUAUUUUAGCGGAUAUUUAUCAGUGCGAGUACCUACCAAAGCCGGUUGAUACGCGAAUAAUAUGUGCGAAACUUGAAUUGAAAUUAAAUUUAUAUUCGUAUAGUUAUAUAGUAUAAAAAUAAAUACAUAUACACAAA